AUGUGCAAGGCGCUCUUCGAACCCGCUGCCGCACCCCAAAGCCCCCCUUCCACCGACGACACCGCCAGAGCGCCGACAUCGGACGGGAACAAGAGCGCGUUCGCCGCGCGCCGGCUCACGCCCUCGACGUUCCUCAUCGUCGAGGUCGACGACGUCUUCGACGAGCACCCCUUCAUCUACGCGAAGCGCGUCCCCGCCGCCCGCACCCUCGUCCUCCUCGACACCGGCUGCGGCGGGCGCACGCGCCGCCCCGACGUCGAGCUCACCCCCCUCCGCGUGUUCGUCGAGACCGCGCCCGUCGCCGACAACGGCGGGCGGCCGCUCAACGCGCGCGGGGCGUGGGCGUACGUCGUCGUCCUCAGCCACUGCCACUACGACCACAUCCUCGGGGUGGACCAGUUCGCGCACGACUCGCCCGUGCUUGUGUCCGCGCACGACCCCACGUUCCUCUCGCCCGCGAACCUCCCCACGCACUCCCUCUGCGACAGCCUCGGCCUCGAGUCACCUUCCUUCACUCCGUCCCUCACCCCGGACCGCGCGCAGCUGGUGUCGAAGGACGGAGUGUCGCUCGGGCUGACGCUGCUCCACACCCCGGGCCACACGCCGGACGAACUUGCGCUGUGGGACGAGGGGGACGGGAUGCUCUAUGUCGGGGAUACGCUGUACGAGGACGCGCACAUCAUCUUUCCGAACGAAGGAAGCAUCGUGCAGUGGUUCGCGAGUGUGGAUGGGUUGACGGCGAUGCUUCAGAAGUCGGGGAGAGCAGAGACGGCGAAGAUCAAUUGCGGGCACAAGACGGCCAUGGGGGACGCGAUGGAGGUGUUGAGGACGACGAAGGCGUUCAUGCGAGAUGUCAUUGAUGGAAAGGAGAAGGUCAAAAACAAGAUGACAAAGCGGGGCGAGGAACAUGUGGAGUAUGUGCAGGACGGGGGCAGGUAUAGCUUGAUAUGCCCGAAAAGACUCGUGGAGGAGGCUAGAGUAGCAUGUUUGUGA